AUGCCUGGGCUGCUUUUGCCAUCGUUUGCCGUGGCCAGACGGCUCAAGCCCCUUGAUUCGUUGACUCGGUGCCGGAUUCGCGAGGUGCCCAUGCCCGGUACAAAGAACGCCUUUGCACUUCUCGGCAACUCCGACUCUGAAGAUGAGGAGGCCGUGCCGCAAAAGGAGCCGGAGGUAGAACAGACGUAUGAAGCAGCGCCUGCGGUGGAGUUCGAGCCGGAGCCCAAGAAGAAAGGGAAGAAAAAGGGGAAGGCCGAGAGUGCUCCUGCUCCUGCCCCGGCUGUCGAAGCCCCUCCUGCCGCCCCCGCGAAGCCAGCAAAGGCCGCAGAGCCCAAGAAGGAAGAGAAGGCAGAGGAGAAAAAGGAGAAGAAAGUGAAGCCGGCCGUGGCAUCGAAGAAUAAAUUCUCCGCGCUGAUGGGCAGUGAUGAGGAGGAUGAGGAUUAG